AUGCACGUGGUGGUAGCGGGAGACGUGGCCAAUUUCCCGCCCGAGUCCUACUCGACGCCCACGCGCGCUGUGGCCCUCGCAGACUACUUGUCCCGCAUGUUCGUGCGCGCGGCCAAGGCGGCGGGGGAUGACCAGCGGGUGGAGAGCGGGGGAUGGCAAGGGAAGAAGGGCGGGGAGAUCACGAUGGAGGCACCCGGUCAGCACGUCCUGGCGCGCACGAACGUGAUCAUCGACGUCCGCGGCGGUGGAGGGGUAGAGGCGCGCUUCACGGUGGCGUUGCCGGCGCGCGGCCGAAGCAUCGAAGGCCUCUGGUGCUCCAAGAUCCUUCUAGAACGUCUCCCCGACCUGGUGGCCCGCUCCCUCCUCUUCUCCUCCCUGGACGCUGCCCACCUCCGGGCCCACAUCCUCUCCGUGGAGGACCAGGAAGUCCUCCGCUCCCUCCUCCCAUCGGCGGGCCUCGUCGGCUUUAUUCGGAACGGCGCCCUCUUGCCCCGGAAGUCCGGCCACGUGGACCUGCCCAUGGACGCCGCCACCGCCCUCCCCUUCCAGUCGCCCCAUACCCUGGAGCGAGAGGUGACGCUGCCCAAUGCGGGGAGGGUGAAAGGCAUGGGCAUACCCAAGGGCAUCACCCUCAUCGUCGGCGGGGGCUUCCAUGGGAAAAGCACGCUCCUGCAAGCACUGGAGUUAGGCAUCCACAACCACAUCCCCGGGGACGGGCGGGAAUUCGUGUGCGUGGACCCCAGCGCUGUCAAAGUGAGGGCCGAAGAUGGCCGGGCGGUCACGGAGGUGAACAUCACGCCGUUCAUCGACAACCUGCCCUUCGGGAAGCGCACCGACAGCUUUUGCACCGCGGACGCCUCGGGCUCCACCUCCCAGGCUGCCAGCAUCAUCGAAGCCCUCGAGGUCGGCGCCCAGGUGCUCCUGAUGGACGAGGACACGUGUGCCACCAACUUCAUGAUUCGCGACCUUAGGAUGCAGCUCCUUGUCUCCAAGGACAAAGAGCCCAUUACUCCCUUUCUCGCCAAG